ACGGGGGAGAUACACACGGGGGAGAUACACACGGGGGAGGUACCCAGAGGUACCCACACAGAGAGACGCCGCCGCAGAGGAGCGGUUCACUCGGAGACGCUGUGCAGGGUGGAGACUCCGAGAGGGAGCAGGGGCAUCACGCACGAGGUAGUGCUACACGGGGGGGGGGGGGGGGGGUUAGAACGAAUAGGAGCGUGGACAGGGAGACAGGGAGACUUCUGGCGGGGAUCGAGAGGAGACACGUGGAGACACGUGGGGACACGUGGGGACACGCACGGGGACACAUUGUAUCCCCGAGUGCGGACUGUUGUAUCGUCCCGUGGAGGCUGCGUGUGGAUGCGAGAUUGCAACUGCCAAGAAGCGCUGGCAUAGCCCUCCUCCACCGCCGUAGCGAUGGAAGGGAGCGUCGAGCAGGGCGGCCGGUGGCUCGGACACCCCCACGGGCCCUCUGCGUCGCUCGCCCCGGGGCAGCACCACCACCACCACCACCACGGCCACCACGGCGUGGAGUCCAACCUAGGCCACGGCGGCUACGGGGCCGAGUCCGGGGCGGCCGGGCAGCUCAUGCCGGCCGACGAGCUGGACGCCUUCCUCAACCACCUGGACGGUCCGGGGGCCCCCGUGCACGGGCCCUACUACGCCGCAGCGCCCGGCGCUCGCCUCCACGGCUACCGGCAGGCCCACGGUGCCCAGGUGUGCCGUCCGCACCUUCUCGCUAGCCACCCGGCGCUGCCCUGGCUCGAGAGCGGCAAGGCUCUGGGCGGCCACGCCUCUCACGGCCCGCCGGCGUGGGCCCUCCACCACGCGGCCCAAGCGGCCCACGCGGCCCACGCGGCCCACCAGGCCCACCACCACCAGCACCACCACCACCAUCCCGGCGGACCGGUCAGCGCGCCGUACCACGCGGCAAGCCCCGCGGCCCACCACCACCUCUUCGGCUUCCCGCCCACGCCGCCCAAGGACCCCGGAACGCCGGAAGCGGCGCCGGGGCAGGAGAAGGACGGCGGCGGCGGCGGCGGCGGUGGCGCCGGUAGCGGCGGUGGCGGCCAGAAGGGCGUCCACUUUGGCCUCAUGACGGCUGCCGAGCAGCAGGGAAUGAAGAUGGAGAACUGCAGCCCGUCGCGGGGAGGGGAGCAGAGCGGCGGUGGAGGCGGUGGAGGCGGUGGCGUGCCAGCCACCACGACGCACCACCCCAUCCCCAUGUACCCGCCGUACCUGGGUGCUGGCGGGCAGGAUUACGGCCCGGCUCUCUACUCGCACGCCGGCCUCCUUGGCAGCUCCAACUCCAGCUUCACGCCCAAGCACAAGAACAAGGCCCGCACGGCCACAGAGGGCCGCGAAUGCGUCAACUGCGGCGCGACCUCGACGCCGCUCUGGCGCAGGGACGGCACGGGCCACUACCUGUGCAACGCGUGUGGCCUCUACCACAAGAUGAACGGCCAGAACCGGCCCCUCAUCAAGCCCAAGCGCCGCCUGUCCGCAGCGCGGCGGGCGGGGACCUCCUGCGCCAACUGCCAGACAACGAUCACGACGCUGUGGAGGCGCAACGCGAGCGGGGACCCCGUGUGCAACGCCUGCGGCCUCUACUACAAACUCCACAACAUAAACCGCCCGUUAACCAUGAAGAAGGAGGGCAUCCAGACCCGCAACCGCAAGAUGACGGGCAAGUCCAAGAAGAACCGCAAGGUGGUGUGCGAUGGACUGGAGAACGACUACGCCAAGAGCUUCCACGACAAGCAGGGCCACUACGGCGCGCCGGCACUCAUCGGACCGCUCAGCACUCUGGGGCACCACCCGCUCAGCCCUUAUCCUGCCCACGUGAUCCCGUCGCACUCCUCCAUGCACCCGCCCGCGAGCCUGUCCUUCGGCUCGGCCCACCAUUCCAGCAUGGUGCCCGCCAUGUGCUAAGGCACCGGGCGAGGGCAACCGCUUCGCUUUCGUUGGGGGCUCGUUCGGGUAACAGCCGUUUUAUUUUUUUUAUUUUUUUGCUGUCGUUGUCAUCGUUUUUUUUAGGAUUCGCUAAUGCGCCCUUUUUACAUUUUUAUUUUAUUAUUUUGACCCCCGCCCCCCUUUUCGGAGUGGUAGGGUAAAAUUGUAAGCUCAAGUUUCUAAAGAUUUAAUUGAUUACAGAAGAAGGCUGGUUGCGAAUGACCACGGUAAUGCAGCAGGGGGAGGUAGGGAGGGGAGGGGAUGGAGGGGGGUGAUGAAAUAAUGGUGUAAGAAUGUACAUCCCCACUUUGUGGCAUCGUUUUUGUAAAGAUUGACAAUCUCAGUCUCCAAGUGACCGGACCACAGGACAUCUGGCUUGUCAAGUUGUCUCCAACACAGCUUGAGGAUGACCACAAUCAUUUGCAAAGUGUUCUCGGGCUAUCGGUCAAAAACUUAAGGUGUGGACCAUACCAUACACACACAGCUGCCAUCUGCCAGAUUGAAACCUAGGAUUUGGAGUCUAGUGAAAUCUCAAUGGACCAAAGUCUCGUGAAGUCUAAAUGGAGAGGAGACUCAAUACGUUGAAACGGACUGAAGAUUCCUGAAAUCUUAAUGUGCCAGAGUCUCAUGAAGUCGACACGAAGUUAGAGGCUCGUGAAGUCUAAAUGGACUGUAGCUAACAGACUGUGGACACUGACUUCUCGUGAGAUAAAGACCUGGAAGGAGCCACUCUAAGCUCGCCUGUUGCUGGCGUCUUAGAGACAAGAGUGAGUUUGUUCAAUCAAUGGUGGAGAGUUUGGAGCUGACGUGGAAGGCAUUAAACGUGGCGACGCAGCCGGGUCGUGCCGCUCUUGUGUCCAAUGGCUGCCCACGCUGCUGUGAUUUGCGCAUUCAAGUCACUGUCAUUUUGCUUCGGCAUUUUCGGGGGGUGUUUUUUUCACGUAUGUUUGCUCCGUAAAUCUGUGUCACAACCUGCCCGUGGGUCUUCAUGUCAUCACCAGCGCUCUCCCACACCCCAACCUUGCCAGUUGUUCACUCCGGGUUUUGGUUGAAAUCGCCAUGCCACUAUUAUAUGUGGAGACGGUUUCAGAAUUAUUGUCUGCGGAAAAUUUUGGGCUGUUUUUUUUUUUUCUCCAGCGCAUUGCUUAGUAUUUUUUUUAUUGUUCCAAUAACACUUGCUUAAAAAUUAAACUCGUCACACGACUAUUCAUUACAAGGUUCGCACGAACAAGGGGUCGCAUCCUGGCGUGGCUUUUGUCACUUAAAAAUUAUCAAAUGAAAUAUUUAAAUUUUAUAUCUACCUCCCAAUGGUGGGUUAUUCGUUUUAGUUUUUUUUUUACGUUUACAAGGGACAAGAACGGCCACUGAAAUGCGACCCGCGUUCAUCCUGAAACGGUUUGACGUGAAGUCUGCUCGAGAUGAAGCUCGCUGUGAAGUAUGGCCACGCUGCGAUGGGGUGCCCGUGACACGGGAUGAGGGCGAACGUUUUGUAAAAACUUGUAGAGACCGCUCGACUGGCAACCAAAGACGAGAUGGCACACGAUGCCAAUAUGGGCAACCAGUGCCAGGAAACAAAAAAUAUCUUACGUGACGCACGGGUAAGACGGCUACAGAAAGAAAUAGAGAGAUGGAUAUAGUGAGCUGUGACAAAGUGGGAGAGAGAAGAUGGAUUGGAUGAGAGAUAGGUACAGCGAGUAGAGCAAUAGGAAGACAGGUAGAGAAGAUAAAGAGAUGGGUAGAGGAGAGCAAGAGCAGAUAACGCCUUUUUUGAAAUUCACCCAAGAGGCACUCAGGUCAAGUGUCAGGAAACGAGACUUUGGCGUGUUUAGCUACACAGGGGGUCACCGUGCGUGAGUGGACGAGCACAUUUCACGAGGCUGUGCUGGACACCGACUUAAGCCGUGCACUAAAUUUUGGGGACAUUGUCAGUCACCGUCAUCGUGGUCAUCAUCAUUGUCAGUCAUGGUCAAUCCACUCCUGGAUGAAGGCCUCCCCAAUCCUCCGUCACCUCUCACGGUCACACGAUGUAGACCUCUUAAAUAGGUCAAUAUUUAUAAGUAAAACAAUAUUUGAAUACAAAGAGAAAGAUCCCCGAUAUAGGCAGAACACGCUGUUAGGGCAAAUGCUGUUAGCAAACACCUAUUAAGGCCGGCACUGCACCACGUCUGCCCGCCUUUGUCUCCCCAGUGGCGAUGUUUACACACUGGACCAGGUACUCAUUUGAGGCUGAGUCGACCUAGGGGGUGCCCAGGACUGCUUCAGAUAUUCAUUACCAAUGUUGGCCAUGGGCAGGAAUCGAUCUGCUCUGACCAUUCCACGAAUGCUCCCCACACAUUUUAACAGAGACAAAUAUCCCCCGUAUAGCCUGAACAGACUGUUGGGGCAAGUGCUGUUUAGGGAGCACCUAUUAAGGCCGGCACGGCACACGAAGGGGUGGAUGACCAACACCACGCCCG